AUGAGGGAUCUUAUGCUAUGAUUCAUGCGACGACCGGAAACUUCCACAUUGUUGUGUCUUUGAAGCUAAGUUUUUGGAAACCAUUAGCAAAGUCUGUUUGUCAUCCUGCAUUCUCAUCAUACCUAAAACCCAACACACCCAAAUUUUUGUUCCAUCACACUGACAGAAAUUUUCCCUGGCAGAAACACAACCCAAAAAGCUGAGAUUUUUCGUUUCCUUUCAUGGGUGUAAUCUCGAAUCUUCGCGGACCUAGAAUUGGAUCAGUCCAUGAUGGAUUAACAAUGACCGAUGGCUCUGCUUCUUCGUCAUCAUCAUCUUCUUCUUCAUCUGUGAAGCGGAAAUUGUCGAGCUUGUUGCCAAUCUGUGUGGCUUUGGUGGUUAUAAUCGAGAUUGGGUUUCUGGGUCGGCUCAAUAACGCUGCUCUCAUCGAUACUUUGACGGAUUUCUUCUCGGUCUCGAGAGUUCCAUCGUCGAAACGGUCAGACAUGAAGAUCGGGAUCGUAUCGGAGAGCUGUGAGGAGUGGUUGGAGAGAGAGGAUUCGUUAGUUUAUUCUAGGGAUUUUACUAAAGAUCCCGUCUUCAUCUCUGGUGGUGAAAAGGAUUUUCAGAUUUGUUCUGUUGAUUGUACAUUUGGGUUGAAUUCAGACAAGAAACCUGAUGCUGCUUUUGGAUUAGGCCAUAAACCUGGAACACUCAGUAUAAUCCGUUCCAUGGAAUCAGCGCAAUACUACCAAGAGAAUGAUCUUGCUCAGGCACGACGGAGGGGAUAUGACAUAGUUAUGACCACUAGUCUAUCAUCAGAUGUUCCUGUUGGGUAUUUUUCGUGGGCUGAAUAUGAUAUUUUGGCUCCACCUCAACCAAAGACCGAGAAAGCCCUUGCAGCUGCUUUUAUCUCGAAUUGUGGAGCUCGGAAUUUCCGACUGCAAGUUCUUGAAGGUCUAAUGAAGGCAGACGUCAAGAUUGAUUCAUAUGGUGGUUGUCACCGGAACAGGGAUGGAAGAGUUGACAAGGUUGAAGCUCUAAAGCGCUACAAAUUCAGUUUGGCUUUUGAGAAUUCGAACGAAGAGGAUUAUGUGACUGAGAAGUUCUUCCAAUCUCUUGUCGCCGGAUCAGUUCCGGUGGUUGUUGGUGCCCCGAACAUAGAAGAAUUUGCUCCGGCCCCUGGUUCAAUUCUGCACAUUAAGAGCAUGGAAGAUGUUGAAUCGGUUGCAAAGAGAAUGAAAUAUCUUGCAAAUAACCCUGAAGCCUAUAAUCAGACACUAAGGUGGAAAUACGAGGGUCCUUCAGAUUCUUUCAAGGCGUUAGUUGAUAUGGCGGCUGUACACUCUUCUUGCCGUCUCUGCAUUUUCUUGGCAACGAAAAUCCGGGAACAAGAAGAAGAGAAGAGCCCUAAGUUCAAGAAACGAGCUUGCAGGUGCACCAGAGGUUCAGAUACAGUUUAUCAUUUGUACGUUAGAGAAAGGGGGCGGUUCGAGAUGGAAUCCAUCUUUUUGAGGGGCGGAAAUCUGACUGAAGAAGCUCUGGAAUCAGAGGUUCUUACGAAAUUCAAGUCUCGGAAUCACGAACCAGUGUGGAGGAAAGAGAGGCCUAGAAGCUUGAGAGGAGAAGACGAACUCAGAAUUUACCGUAUAUACCCUCUCGGCCUCACUCAAAGACAAGCGUUGUAUAACUUCAGAUUCGAGGGGGACUCGGGUUUCAGGACUUACAUAGAGAGAAACCCUUGCGCCAAAUUCGAAGUGAUCUUCGUCUAGUUAGAGAUUCUUGUAAAACAAAACUGGUUAGAUUUAAACACAGGUUGUCAAACACAAAGGCAAUGACAUGCAAGGUAGAGAACUGGAAGUGUAUACAUCAAAAUCUCAUUCUCCUGCUUGUAGAUGGUUCUCGAUGUUUUGGUUCUUGAACGUUUGAUAAUGGAUUAUGUAUUAUUGGGACUAGAAAAUUGCAGGAAUUUGACAGUUUCAUA